AUGGGAGCCCGCGUCUCCGAGGACUCCCACCGCCGCGGACGGGCAACGGCCCCCGGACCCCCGGGUGUCCCAGGCAGUGACGGGCCGUGGCCCCCCGCCCCCCGUCCCGCGCGCGGCUCCCCCGGGGGCAGCAAGAGCGUGAACCGCCAGGAGGAGGCCCACGCCGCCCGCCCGCGGCUGGAAGACCUCAGGCGGCGGCAGGCGCGCGCCUGGCCGCGGACCGUGCCGCGCGGGAGCUCCGGGCGCCCUCGAGCGGAGGCGGGGCCGGAGGCGGAGGCCGAGGCGCCGCGGGACCCUCCGGGCACCGCGCACGUCGGGACCGUCCUGGCCGGGCUGCGCGCCGAGCUGCUGGAAAUGCGUUUCCAAAACCACCAGCUGGCCAAAACGUUACUGGAUUUAAACAAGAAAAUGCAACGACUGAAAAAGGAGUAUGAACUGGAAAUUGCAUCCAAAUCUCAAAGCUCUGAACAUAACGUUGGGAAUCUGGAAUAAGGAAGUGCAC